AGCACUUCUUCAGUACACUCAUACCGCUCGUUCGACGAGCAGAUAUGUUCAGGAUAUGUCAGCUCUUGCUGCUGACAUUUUGUCUGGCUAUUGGGUCGUACGCACGGUCUAGCACCGGCGACUCGGUCUUGGUCAUCCUCGAUCCAAGUCUUUCGAAGGACAACUUCUCGAUAUUCUUCAAGGGGCUGGAGGAGCAGGGCUAUGAACUUACGUUCCGUGCCCCGAAGGACGUCGCGCCCGCCAUCAUGCAGGACGACGUUGCGUCCUUUGCCCACGUCAUUCUUUUCACUCCGGAGACCAAAACGUAUGCGAAGGAUAUCACCCCCCAGUCCUUAGUCGACCUCCUCUCCAAAAAUACCAACGUCAUCUUCGCGCUGGGCUCGAAACAGACGCCCCUCACAUCCCUCGCCUACGAGUUCUCCUUGAUCCUUCCUCCCCCGGGCACGCCCCUCAUCUCCCACUUCCCUGAGCGUGACACGCCCGCCACCGUCAUCCCCAUCGAAGUUCCAUCUGACCACGCCGCCCUCACAUCUGGCCUCUCGCCCGUAUGGUACUCCGGCGUGUCCUUCGCGCUCGGCAACAACCCGCUACUCGUUCCUUUCCUGAAUGCCCCGCCUGAGAGCUUCGCGGCAGAUACGACGGAAGACUCUGGCGCCGAUGCGCUGGUGGAGGCGGCGGAGAAGGGCGGCGAGGGACUCUGGGCUGGUAAGGAUAUGAGCGUCGUCACGGGCUUCCAGACCAUCGAUGGCGGCCGCGCGCUCUUCGUCGGUGGAGUCGAGUUGUUCAGCGACGAGUUCGCGAAGAAGGAAGUGACAAAAGGUGUCGAAGCGGGGAACGCCCAGUUCGCGCGGGAUGUCGCGGCAUGGACAUUCCAGGAAUCACUCGUCCUGCGCGUUGACAGUUUGAUGCACCACAGAGUAAAUGAGACGACACCGCGGGACCAGUACACCACCAACGACCGCGUCGUUUACACUACGCACAUCUCAAAGUAUAACCCGAAGCUGAACGCAUGGGAGCCGUACUCGGGCAUUCAGGACAUGCAGCUCGAGUUCACGAUGCUCGACCCGCACAUCCGGACGGCGCUGCCGCCCGUUCCAGGGUCACCCGGCACGUACUCGGUCGAGUUCCGCGUGCCGGACCGCCACGGCGUGUUCAAGUUCGUCGUCAACUACAAGCGCAAGGGCUGGACACACCUGCACAGCUCGACUACCGUCCCCGUCGUCCCGCCCCGGCACGACGAGUACCCUCGGUUCCUCAGCGCUGCGUGGCCGUAUUAUAUCGGAGCUAUCAGCACGAGCGCUGGGUUCGUGCUGUUCUCCGCGCUGUGGCUGGCGGGCGACGACCGGGAUUUGAAGAAAAAGAAGACGGCGAAGGCGACGGAGUAG